AUGAGCUACCUGAGAUUGCUAUUUCCAGUCAUCGUUGUCUUCUUGGGGAGAGCUUCACCGCAUGCCCCCCCCCCCCGUGACCAAGCCUACGAGUUCAAGUUGACUAGUCCCAAUGUGAUCGUCGACACCAAGUCUUUCUCUGCGGGCAACAGGUUCCUAAAAUCUCACGACGCAGAAAUCAGGAAACCAAUCGAUGUUCCGGACACUGCUGAACGGGUUAAUACAUGUACGACCGCGUUAUCGGUAGUCAAUGACCUGGUGUACAAAAUGACCAAAACGAGCCCAGUGGUCGGGAAACUAAAAUCGAUUAUCACCGUCCAGAAAGGCUUUUUCAAGUUUUACCUCUUGGAAUGGGUACAGCAAAAUUGCCGAAGCUCCUGCUUUGGUUCAAACACGUGGCCGCCUUAA